AUGGAAAACGAAGCCUUGUGUAACUACCUUCUCUGGGUUUGUGCGAUCGUCUCGGCAUGUCUGAUUGUAUGGAGAGGCACAACGGCGUUCAUCAAGUACGUCCGUCAUGUCAGCUGUAUGAGCAACGACACGCAACGGUAUUUUGCGCAUACGUCGGGGCAGGUAUCAUGGUUCAAGAGGAAUGUUUUGUACUCGCCUAUUUUCAGCAAGCGACGUAACCGCGAGUUUCAACUAAGCAGCGCGGCCAACAUGGGCACUCUCCCCACACGAUUCCAGCUCAUUUUUUUGCUCGGGUACUUGGCCACCAAUGUGGCUUUCUGUGUCAUCGACAUUCCUUUCGAGAGCUUUACCGACGGUGGAAAGCAGUUGAGAAACCGUAGUGGUACAUUGGCGGUUGUCAACAUGAUUCCGCUUUUCAUCAUGGCAGGUAGAAACAACCCGCUCAUCAAGUGGCUUGGUAUGUCCUUCGACACUUUCAACCUUCUCCACAGAUGGUUCGGUCGCAUUGUUGCCCUAGAGGCUGUCUGCCACACGUUAGCUUACCUUGCUGUCUCGGCAAAGACCAAGGGUUGGGGUCCUGCCUUCCUGGGAAUGUUCAAGUCGCAAUUCCUUCUCUGGGGUUUCGUUGCCACUGUCGCGUUCGUCGUCAUUCUCUUCCAGGCUUCAAGCAUUUCUCGACAUGCGUUCUACGAAACCUUCAAGCUCAUGCACAUUGGCCUGGCCGCUUUGUCGAUUGCUGGCUUGUGGUAUCACUUGAAGCUGGCUGAGUUGCCUCAGAUGAAGUGGCUCCUUGCCGUUAUCCCUAUCUGGGUCUGUGAUAGAGUCGCACGUUUCCUCCGCAUCGCCUACAACAACUUUGGUAACGGUGGAACGGCCACGUUAGUCGAGGCGCUUCCAGGCGAUGCCUGCCGUGUGACUGUUACCAUGGCGCGGCCCUGGACUUUCAAGGCUGGCCAACACGCUUACUUGUACAUGCCCGCCAUCAGCUUGUGGCAAUCGCAUCCCUUUUCGCUGGCUUGGAGCGAGGAAGCCGAGGAUCUAGACUCGGAGAAAUUGGCCAUGAACCGACAAGAUGUUUUGGGGAUGCGCAAGACAACCAUGUCCUUCGUCAUCCGUGCGCGCACCGGAAUGACAAAGAACCUGUACGAGCGCGCCGCGCAACAACCCGAAGGCAGACUCUUGACCACAUGCUUUGUUGAGGGACCAUAUGGUGGACAACAUCUGAUGCAUUCAUACGGCACAGUCAUGCUGUUCGCCGGUGGUGUGGGUAUCACUCAUCAGGUUCCCCACGUUCGGGAUCUGGUUGCAGGCUACGCAAAUGGCACCGUUGCUACCCGAAAGAUCGUUCUCGUCUGGAUCAUUCAGAGCCCUGAACACUUGGAAUGGAUCCGACCGUGGAUGACUGAGAUUCUGGCCAUGGACAAGCGACGAGAAAUUCUGCGAAUCAUGCUCUUCGUUUCCAGGCCACGAUCAACAAAGGAAAUCCACAGCCCGUCCUCGACAGUGCAAAUGUUCCCUGGCCGACCCAACAUCGAUACCCUCCUCGGCAUUGAGAUGGAGCAACAAGUCGGCCACAUGGGUGUCACAGUCUGUGGGCCUGGUGCUCUGAGCGACGAAGUCCGACAGGCUGUACGCAGGCGGCAAUACCAAGGCGCUAUCGACUUUGUUGAUGAGGCGUUCACGUGGUAA